ACUUCCAGCUUGAUCGUGGAAGACAUGUGGGUUUAUGUGAAUUGCUAAAAGAAAGUUGGAGAGCUUUACAGUUCUAGUUUAUUUGAAAACAUUUUUUACAUGCUAUCAUGUCUUCGUCGUUCUUUAUUAAGACAAAARCAAACCCUAAAUUAACCCAAAAAGGGAAAGACACAGCAGCGUCAAAAAGGAAGGCUGACGGUGGCUCCGAUGGAAAGAGCAAAUUUAAAAAACCCAACAAACACAACGAAGAGAUUUCCAGUGACUCAGAGACAGAGAGUCCUGCUGUGUCAAAGAAGAGGCAGGCCAAAGAGGAGUUGGAGUAUGAGGAGACACCUCAGGAGAAAAAGCUCAGAUUAGCUAAACUUUACCUUGAUCAGUUAAAGGAAGAGGAGGAAAAAAAGGCUGAAUAUGACUCCUUUGAGACGGAUCUGAUCGCAGGAAGGCUACAAGAAGAAGUGCUUGAACAGAAGGGAAAACUCCAGCGUCUUAUCGCCAAAGAUAUCAUCCCUCCAGAUGCUUCAGAGAUUAGAGUGUUAAGGGGACACAAACUUCCAGUUACAUGUCUUGUCAUCACGCCUAAUGACAAAAGCAUCUUCUCUGCUGCCAAAGACUGCUCAAUCAUUAAAUGGGACAUUGAAAGUGGUAGGAAGCUGCACACAAUCCAUGGAGGAAGGAAAGGUACGGAGGAACGCCACGUAGGACACACGGCUCACAUUCUAUGYAUGGCCAUAUCCUCAGAUGGAAAAUAUUUGGCCACUGGAGACAUGAACAAACUGAUCAUGAUUUGGGAGGCAGAAACUUGUAAACAUCUGUACAAAUUUACUGGACACAAAGGACCUGUGUCGGGUCUUUCGUUCAGGAAGGGGACUCAUGAUCUGUACAGUGCAUCUCACGAUCGUUCAAUAAAGGUGUGGAACGUAGACGAGAAUGCGUAUGUGGAAACCCUCUUUGGCCAUCAGGAUUCAAUCACAGGACUGGACAGUUUGAGCCGUGAGCGCUGUGUGACUGCCGGCGGGCGGGACGGCACUGUGAGAGUGUGGAAGAUAGCCGAGGAGUCUCAGCUGGUGUUUCACGGACACGAAGGUUCGAUUGACUGUAUCCAGCUCAUAAAUGAAGAGCACAUGAUAACAGGAGCGGAUGAUGGCUCGCUGUCUCUCUGGGGCGUCAACAAGAAGAAGCCUCUCUGCACRGUGAAGCGGGCUCACGGUUGCCACGGCAACCCGGGGCUGGAGCAGCCUCAUUGGGUGGUCUCCGUCKCGGCCCUUCAGAACUCCGAUACCGUCGCCUCAGGUUCUCACAACUCCCAGGUGAGCGUGUGGAAAUGUGGUCAGCACUAUCGUGGAUUGGAGCUUCUCUUCACUGUACCAGUGUCCGGUUUCAUCAACACUCUGAAGUUUUCGAGCUCUGGUCAGUUCCUUGUGGCUGGAGUCGGACAGGAGCACAGGUUGGGGCGAUGGUGGCGACUAAAAGAAGCCAAAAAUGGGAUUUAUAUUAUCCCGCUGAAAAGAAAACCUCAAAAUGCAGAAGAAAAUCAAGAUGACUGAAGAAUAAAAUGCCCAUUUGUAAAUAAAAUGUUUURAAAAAGGGGAAA